CGUGCGUACUUUGGGUCGGGGAAGAACAACAUAAUGGAGACCUUAGCUUCGCAAUCGUCCAUAAAACUGGUUGUAAAAACGCCAAAUCAACGGAUAAAAGACAUCGAAGUUAGCUGUCUGUUAGAAUGGACCGUAGAGAAGCUGAAGAGCCAUUUAUCCACCGUUUACCCGACGAAACCGGUACGUUUUGACAUCGUUUGUUCGGCGUUUCAAUUUCGUUAUUUAGAACCUUCUCGAAAGUUGGUCGAUGUUGACAUGUUUUGCUGUCUUAAUUCUUCGCUUGAUUGGGCUUUGUCUACGCUAUUUUUUAGCCAUCUGUCUAGUAGUUAUAUUUAGUAUCAUUGCUUUAAUUUCUCUGUAGGCCCGAAGCAGUCAGAAAAUCAUUUAUUCUGGCAAACUGCUCGAUGAUCAAAUCAUUCUAAAAGACGUCUUACAGGAGGUAUUUAAACAAUUUUUGUUUUGUGCUUUCUAUUUUUAAUUUCAUUAAUGCGAUUGCUGUCAUUUGCAAUGAAAUAACACAAGCAACAUUCGUAAUUAUUGUUUUUUCUUAAUACUGAACUGUUUUGUCUAUAAGUGCUUUCGUAAAAAAAGUUUUAAAAUAUCUUACGUGUUGAAAGUCGAAUGGACCUUGAAUUUUGAUGAUGUAACGCAGCAGUUAUUUCGUCCGAUUUGGCCUGUGUAUAUCCUUGUAUUUGCAAUAUAACUAAUCGGUUUAAAGUUGCAUACUUGUAUUGUAUUACAGCGUUGUUAAUAAUAUAUUUUUGUUGGAAAUUUGUACAUUCAUGCUGUCUAUUUUUUGAUAAUCAGGUGUGAAAAUAAUAUGCAUCGGAUUUGCAGGAAGCAUUUGAUCACAUGUCUUCAGCAAACGUCAUAGAGUCUUGCUGAAGCUUAAAAAUGACAUCUUUGCCUGAUUUAUUUAAUAGAUCUCUUUUAAUGAGUCAAAUAUAGGAAAACACUUGAUUCGAUAUCCCAAGUGCAAUUUUUAGUGACAAUUUGCAAUGCAGAUGUUUAUGAUAUUUAUCGGUUCACCGAGGACAUUGUCCUGUGGGGCAUCGCAUAAAGUUUACCCCGUGCCAGAUAGCUUUCAGUAACAAUGUGAAAAGCGCUUAGGAACGAUUUUCAGAGGAAUUAUUGCAACUGAGAGAUGUUGUUUUGCUCAGCUUCUGAAAGUUGUGCACUCUGUAUCGGAUAGAUCUGAUAUGGUAUAAAUGUAGCCAGUAUAUUGGUCAAGUUGCAGCAUCAGACAAUAGUGCUGUGCGCCGGAGUUCUGCCGGAGCUCCGGCGGUUUUUCCGACGCCGGAGCAGAAUUUUGUAUGCCGGAGUUACGUUUUCCCAGCUCCGGCAAAAUGACAAGAAAACAAUAUGAAAUGAGACAAAUGUCAAAUGAUUGUUAGUUACUGCAAACUGCCAAUUGCUGUUAAUGAAUUCAUCAUGGACUCAAACUGCCACAGCCCACAGGAACAGCGUCGAAAAGCUGUAAUACGAUCGCAACUUACAAACGUCAUGCUUUCAUAAAGCCAUCUGACUUAGCGCUACAUACUGUAGUCUGUGUAUUCAUGCCUUGUAGAUAACGAAAAAGUACAAAACAAAUAAAUAUCAACCUUUUGAAAAUGACGAGUACUUUGUUUGCAUGCGAACAAUUGCACUGUGGAGUCUGAGAGUGUUAGCGUCAUGCCUCGCGUCAUGCCUCGUGUCAAAGAUUUUUAGAGGCUGGUUUCCAUAUAGAUAUUUUCUGUGUGGUUAAGUGUUUUCACUGUUUUGUUUCCUGAGUUAUGUUAUCUGAUAAUUAGGAAGCGCGAAAAGGGUUAUUCAUAAUAAUAUUAAUAAAUGUUCUCUGAUCAUAAAACAUUUCUUUAAUAUUUUAUGAUGUGGCCGGAGCCGGAACUCAGAGCUGUAAUUCAGCCGGAGCCGGAGAUGAAAAACUGGAGUUUGCACAGCACUAUCAGACAAACAUAUCAUCCAUAUUAUUACUGUUUGCGAGCUGUGAAGCGUGCAUUAAAAACCAUGUUUCAAAACAUCUUUCCCGCAUAGUUUGUCAAACCAAAACUUUUUGUUUUGCUCAAGAUAACAUUUGUGGGUGUGACGUCUAACAAAUUGGGUUGCAUCCAAAAUUUUGACAUUGGCAUGGCCCACUUAUUAGUAAUUCUAUUUCAUUUUCAAUUCUUCAGAGCGAAGGACAACACCAAACUGUACAUCUUGUCUGCACUCCAUCAACCUUAGAUAUAUCAAGUUCACAAAUGGUACGGAAAUCUAUGAAUUGCAAAGAGAAUAUUUUCAAUUGUGUGCAGCAGAUAGUUGAAGCGUCUUGUAGAUGAAAAUUAUCGGGUGGAAAUAUAUUUAAGAAUUAUUGGAUAAGGCUGAGCAGGAUAUUAGAAUUAGUCAGACCUCAAUCAGCGUUAUCUGCUUCAGCGAAUUCAAUAAUUCUUUUAUUAUUCAUUCUGUAACAAAAACAAUCAAGUCAGCCAUGCGAAAACUAAUCAAAACAGACAAAAACUCAUCAAUUUCCAAUUUUAUUUAACAUAAACAAAAUAAUUUUACAAAAUUUCCCGCUCUUUUCCAAUUACUUGCGGCAGAAACAAAAUUGGAUUACUGCAAAAUCAGCUUUGCGGUAACCUGGGUAAACUUUACCAAAACAAAAACUUGUCAGAAAAACUUAGAAUUUAUUAUUUUAUAUGUCCAAAUGAAUUGUAAAGUAACCCAAUUCGAUCGCAGAACACGUAAAGAAAAUUUAAAUAUUAACUGUUAACACAGUUAUUAAUUAUAGAAUUAAGAGAUUACAGACUUGCAUUACUUCAGGGAAACCAAAUUAGCUUACCGCAAAACAGAGUUUGCGGUAGACCAGGUUUGAUUAGAGCAAUUUUGGACAGCUUGCAGAGUAAAAUAGCAGAGGGGGCACAUUAGGGUGCAAUGGAAUGGCAGGUUUUUUUCAGGGAUUUUUUAGUGCCGUAAAACGGCCCCAAUCUUCUCUACAAAAACGGACCCAAGAGAAAAUCCGGAAAAAAACCCUGAAUGGGUUACCAUUUACAUGGUAAUGAUAAGUUGGCUCACCAAUGCAUAGCAUGAAUUAAAUUUGCGAUUUGAUUUCAAACAGAUGGCUCCAGUUUCAAAUGCCCCAACCACUUCCAAUCCCCAAGUCACGUCAACGGCGUCAUCAAGCACGACAAUGCAAGAUACAACUGAUGGACUGAGACAUCGAAAUCUUGCCUACGCCCAACAUCCAUUUUACAACAUGCAAUUGUAAGUGGUCAUUUAUUGUUCAUUGUUAAUUUGAUGUGUUUUUUUUUACAUGAUAAUUAUGUUAUUGCAUUAUAUUUCGCUCCAAAAUGAUGCAGACAGUCUAAUUAACCUGUCGAACCCCAGUACUUUCCCCUUGGCAAGUAAACUUGUCUGGCAUUAGGCAGAGUAAAAUAAUAAAGUAUGGCUCAUUGCAACGUAAUGGCCAGACUGUAAAGUGUUAUUUUUCUACAGGGUGUCCCAUACAGGGUGUCCCUAUUGAAAUAACGUAUUGUUAGAAUUUGAAUGUCUCAGCACUCUGCUGAGUGAACCCACACGUGCAUAGAAGCUUGACAUAAGUAAAUUUUAUGCGUAAAGAAACUGUCUUAGAAGCUGCUAUAAAUUCCCAAGAGCAGAAAAUUGUGCGCUUUACAAAGACAUUUUAAUUUCUCAAUAAGUCAAUAUUUAUAAUAUAUGCACCCUUGUCAAUAUUUUACAUAUCUUUGCGUUCAACUUAGUGCUGAGGCAUUCAAAUUCUAACAAUAGUGUUGGGUUUUUGGGGGACACCCUGUAGAUCGUCUGCAAUGGCAUUUUCAAAGUUUCCUCUACCUCUUUUUGCAACGCCCAACACGUAAGAGACAAAAUAAAUCAUUAGUUCAUCAAAAAUAUGCAGAUUUUGUAGGAUUUUCUUGAAAAUGUGUGGACAGAAAUUCACCAGCUAAAAUUUCUGCCUGUGGACCAAACUUUACAGUCUGGCGUAAUGGGUUUAAAAUAUAUUUUUCUUUCUUCGUAGUGGACAUCCACCUCAUUUUCCAAACGUUGGUCAAGCGAAUGUAAAUACAAACAUGGCAGCUCAUAUGCACGCACCCUACAUGUACCCAAACGCUCAAUAUUAUUCUCCACAUAUCAUGCACUACGCAGCGCAACAAAUGGCGCAUAUGCAUUGGAUGCAACAUAUGGCACACAUGACGCAUGGCCAGAAUAUGCAUGGCGUACCUGUACAACAAAAUAUGUAAGUAUGUUUUGGCUUGUUGUUUGAAAUAUCUCCAUUGGUUAUCGAUCAAAAUUGUCAGAUGUAGCCAAUUAGUUCAUGGUUCGAGAUUGGCAGUAUCCUAGUAUCCAUGACAGUACCAGUUUUAAAUUUUGGAUACCAGAUGUCAAAACUUUGGUAUCCUAACUGGAUACCAGGAAAUUCUUGCUUAAAUAUCAAUUUUUGAACAUUACUUAUAAACUUUAUCUAGGGAAAUCACAAAUAUAUAAAUAAUUUUACAGAUAAAUUUUGAAACGCUCCUAAACUUCGAGCAGCGAAUGCUAAGAUGUAUAUUUUGCUUGCUUCAAAUUUCACUUCCUGUAACUAAUUGCUGAUAUUUACAAUCAGACUUUGAAGGAUUUCAUAUUUAGCUGUUUUAGUCAUUACAGCAAAAUAGUCUGGUGAAGAACUCAGGAAAUUUAUAAUAAUAUGUUUAUAUAUUUGCUGUGUUGGUGUAGUGUACUCAGGUGAAUAAGAUGCUUGUGGUGUUACUCUGAGUGUAUAUCCACACCGGGCAGGCUUGAAAAAUAUGCCUGACCACAGUGGGAAUCGAACCUACAACCUUUGGAAUACUAGCCCAACGCUCUGCCAACUGAGCUACGCGGUCAGGUCGGUUCGAGUAAGUGAUAUUCUAGGAACUAGAUUUGUUCUGGAACUAGAUUCUGUUCGAAGGAACUAGAUUCUGUUCCGAAAUAUCACAUACUCGAACCAACCUGACCGCGUAGCUCAGUUGGCAGAGCAUUGAGCUAGUAUUCCAAAGGUCGUAGGUUCGAUUCCCACCGUGGCCAGGCAUAUUUUUCAAGCCUGCCCAGUGUGGAUAUACACUCAGAGUAACAUCACAAGCAUAAUAUGUUUAUAUGACAAUACAUUUCAAUGCAUUUGGCUAAUCCGUCGAGAGAUUAUUCUUGAUCUGAUUCCAUCUUGUUACAUUUUCGUUGAAGACCGUAUCCUCAACAUCAUGUACCCCAAGCAGCGCCUCAGGCCAAUCCGCCUGCUGCGGCUGCUGUUCCGCAAGUACCGCAGGCUCAGGAAAGGCGAGAAAACCGAAACAUGGUAAUGAAUGCAAACGCGGGUGGCGGAAUGAUGCAGGGUGACGACGACGAAGAAAACGGUCAACGUGAUUGGUUGGACUAUGUUUACAUGGCUGUGCGCAUCUCGAUGCUCAUGAGCAUCUUCUGGUUUUAUUCCUCUGCCGAGAGGUUGAUUAUAAUGGGACUGAUUGUAUUUCUUCUUUGGCUUAUCCAAUCCGGUGUUUUUAACUUGAACAGAGCUCAGAGGAAUAGACCACAAGGUAAUUAUUUUGUGCAUGUUUACAGGGGCGGAUCUAGCGCAAGGAGGGGUGCAGGUUUUGCAUGGGGUAGUGCAUGAGGGAGCCUUACUGCCCACUCUCCUCUGCAGUCUGCAACGCUACUAUCCCAACAUUACCAUUAUUUGAGAUGGCCGCGAAUCUGCAAGUUCGCCGUUCUGUUACGUUUUACAUUAUCUUUUGUUUAUAAAGUUUAUAUCGGCUUUUUAUCACGUAUGCGUGGCUGGACAGUCGCUGUAGCACAGUGCAGUAAAUUUACUUGUUAAAGUACAGUAUAUUUGUAAAUAUAUAUGGCUGUGUAACAACCUUGACAUGUUUACAUAUUUAACCAUGAUAUUUAACUAAAGCAUUCUGAGUAUUUUCUCGUGAACUCACAAAUCAAUACACGACUUGCAUGUUAGACUAAUUUUUGAUUUAGGCAAAAAAGUAAAUUCCCGUAAAGAACUUAUGAAAAUCAGUAAAAUUGCAAAAUUUGGUUACGAAAUGUUGUAAAAUACAGAAAAUAUAGCCUUGCGAAGUUUGUAUAUUUUCAAUAUGUUUGUAUUACGUGCGGAAAUUGUUACCAUUUUUGAGCAGAAAAUGGUAACAAUUUCCGCACGUAAUACAAAUAUACUGAAAAUAUGCAAACUUCGCAAGGCUAUAUUUUCUGUAUCUUGCAACAUUUCGCAACCAAAUUUUGCAAUUUUACUAAUUUCAUCAUGUUCUUUUUAACUGUUGUGUUUGAUUCCCUCCCCUUCACUUAGAUUAAAAUUUAGUCUAACAUGCAAGUUGGCCAUUAAAUCGUUUCAAGAAAUCGACACGCGCUAACAGUGUCAGUCAUCGAAAAGCAGAAAAUGUAUGGUCUAGCAGAUUUUUUUGGGCGGUGGUGCUAGACUUCUCUAGAGGGUGGGGGGGGGGGGACUAGACACCUAUAGGUGGGUGAUUCGCUCGUGGUUGUUGACCUUUGGUGCAAACGACAGUAAAUAGUUUGACCAAAUGAUUUUGUUCUGUAUUGGUUUAGAAGUCCAAGUGAAUCAGGGCCACAAUGAUGAGGCAAGACAAGGACUUGAUCAUCAUGAACAUGGUACAGAGGAGGGUGAGGUGAUAGAAGGGGACACUGAGAGCGAAUCAGAGUCCCAGGGUGAGGAUGAAACGGACAACAACAAUACACAUCCGGGAUAUUUUGUUGUCGGCUAUAACUUUUUCGUCACUUUUUUCACGUCGUUGGUACCACAAGCGCCCGGGGCCGUUGCGCAGCCGUAAUAACCUCGGGUUUCUUUGCUACCCUGUCUUUGAUAUUGAAAAUACAUGCAAUGCAUAAAGCCGUGCUUAUUAUGCAUAUUAACUACAUAAUUCAUAGGGUUGACCUGAUUUUAUACCAGAGACGAUGGUCCGUUUUGAGGAACGACAUGGUAAUACGUCCGAUAAUUCGUCUGUAUCAAUGCAGCAAGUUAAUUCGGUUAUUUUGGCUAAUCCAUCUGGAGACUUGGUCAUAAGCCGGUUCAAAAAAAUUCCAAUACUGUUGUUGGAAGAGUGCGUUGAAUGAUCGCGCGGAUUCGUCGUAUGUGUUGUACAAUGCUGGCAGGGCCGUCGCUACGGGGGGUGAGUGUGGGGGUGUGACACCCCCUGAAAACAUCUUUUCUGCUGCCUCGUACUCUGGCGCUUUGGUUUGUUUACGUCUUAAGCGCACGCGGGACGGCACGCGAGGGAGAAAAACGAAAUCGAUCAAAUUAAUCCAUGCGACCCACGCAAAGGCCACGCAAGCCCUGCCUCGUACCCAGGCGCUUACAUGAAGUAUUCAGGUAGGCAUCCGACGCGCGAAGGGGCUGUUGGGAAGGGUGCGUGCUGGGGAGCGCCUGGCAGUUCUUGUAUACUGUCAUGGCGGGAAAACAGGGAAUUUUAUACAAAAAGUUACAAUAUCGUCAUAUACUCUGUGUGUAAAAGCUUACUUUGUGAUGAAGAGUUGAAUUGAACGCCAUUGGCAAAUAAUAAUACAUUUGUAGAUGUUCGAUGACAUGCAAAAUGCGCGAAAAAUUAUGAGUAAAUAACAUGACAAGUUAACCGUGCGAAUAUUUCGAAUAUGUCAUUCGAUAUUACAUGGAGAAUAAUAAAAUGCUAUCAGUUGCUCAGUUAGCAUAAAACAGUAACAGAGAAAUGAUUAGAAAGUCAUAUAAUUGCUUUGUAUUAAUAACUUCUUUAGCUGAAAGCUCAAUCAGUCGAUUACAAUGCCAAUGGCAAUUUCUAUUAAAUGUAUACUGUAAACAAAAGCCCAAGUAAAUAAAAGUUCACAGCCGUAAAGUUUGAAAUAUUUAUUACAAUAGUGCAAUUUUAUAGUCUGUACCUUUAUAUAGUUAUAGCUUACAAAUCUAGUUCCUGCAAGUCUAGUUCUUCAACGCUUCGGUUGUUGACAUGUUAAUAUUGGAAUUUCCAUGGACUUUAAGGGCAUAUAUAUGUCAUAUAUACCAAGAAUAGCAACAUGAAUUCACGCCCGGAUGACAGAAGAAUAUUAACAUUAGUCAAUUCAACAAAAACACGUAGCAAAAAAUCGUAAACGACAACGAAAUAGCACAACUUGCAAGAAAUCGUACAAAUUUGCAAGAAAUCGACCAAGAUCUGCCAGGCGUCUCGCAGUUCAAGUGCACUCUUCCCAUCAGCCCCUUCGCCAUCUCUCCCCACUACAAUACUUCAUGUAAACACGUCAUAUGGGCAUCACUGCUUUUUUACAAAGAGACGCCUGGGUACGAGGCAGACGCAAGCCAUAGAACAACACAUAGCGCCUGGGUACGAGGCAGUCUUUUCGGCAAAAUGACUGAUUUGUUGCAAAAUUCUUUUCGUAGUCGGUAAAAUAUGAAUGGAUAGGAAGUAAAAGAACUGAAGAAAUAUUUCAUUGACACUGAUUUCAAAGUAAUAGUUCUGAAAAUUUAACGAAUAACGGUGCGUUAAGCCAAUGCAUAAAUUUUUUAACGUACAUUGUCAUACGAUUAUGAUGUAUUAGCAAUCUAGCACUGAAAUUUCUGGAAGGUACAGUUAAGUCCGACGUCUAAAUCAAUUGUUGAAAUUGUGCCGUAUUUAAUUUGGUUAGGUUCGGCGCAUGAAAAAACCGCGCCUAAGAUGGCUGAUCCGUCAGACGGGUGAUGCCUCACGAAUUAUGAUAUCUCUUGUAUAAAUUGGGCUACUGUUGAAAUGGUAUAUACUCUAAAAGAGUUGGAAAGGUAAAAGCAAUUCACAGCAGUACACACGUAUAAGGAUCUCACAACUUGUCAACAAGAUGUGUUCGCAACAGGCUUGUACCUUGUUAACAAGUUGUAACAAUGCUGUUAUUUUAUCAAGUUAUCUGUUAUUUUGACAAAUUAUUGAAUUGCAGGACGAGAACAGGUUGUUAGAACAACUUGUAACAAGUCUGUUGAGCUCAACAACCUUGUAGCAAGUUGUCAACAAGCCGUUGACAACUUGUCAACAAGCUGGGAACAAGCAGUGCGAACACAUCCUGAUGACAAGUUGUUGGAACAAUUUGGCUGGGCAAGCAAGCCGGGGUCGUUUUAUGGUAAAUUCCCAGCCCGGUCACCCGAGUUCUUGGGUAUAAGUCGAGGCCGGAUCUCGCUCAGGAGGGCCAGCUCAGUUCCCAGUUCUCGCCUAACUAACUAUAGCUUCGCCUCCAAUUGCACCCGAACGCAUAAAAGGGGAGGUCUGGUCAAAUAUGUUCCCACUGUUUGAAAUAACUCGUUAUUCUCUUGCAACAAGCUUAAUUUCAGUGUAUCGAACUUGUUGCAAGUUGUGUUUGGUAU